AUGAUGUCAAAUGAGUAUCUUGGACCGUGGUAUGAAAAUCAAUCAAAAAUCGGUAAUAUUAACAAUUCCGAUAUGAAUAAUAACACUAAUAAUGUUAACGAUGAUACAUGUGAAAAAUUAUUGGAAGGAAUUGCUGAAGCCAAAUGCACCAUUGAUUUAUUUUUAAAUAAUCGAUUUGAAGAAGCAAAGAAUCGUUUACACAUGAAUACACAUAGUGGUAUGUAUCAGGAAUUAUCAAAUUCUACAAUUUUAUUUAUUCAAGGAAUGGCUACAAUAGAACAGGAAAAUCUUGAAACCGCUAAAGAACAAUUAAAAACAACACUUAAAGCAUGUCAAGCAAAUCGACGUAAAGCAGCUAUUAGUGAAACAUUCACUAAACAAAUUGAGAAAAGUCGUAAUAUCAUUUAUAGUUUAUAUACAGAUGAACAGGCUCAUGCUGAACUUUGUUAUGCAGAAGGUUUACUUCAAUUGGCAUUUCUUUCAAUGUUACAAGAUGAAAAAUUAACAAGUCUUAUAAAAUGUUCUUUGAAAAUAAGACAAUGUUACAAAUGUUACCGAAUAUGUUGGAGAAUAUUAAAAUAUCGAAAUUGGCAAAAUGAAAUUAGUAAAUCAGCUUUUGAAAGUGGUGUACAUUUAGGUGUUGGAGCUUUUAAUUUAAUGAUCUCCAUGCUUCCUAGACGUGUAUUGAAAUUAUUGGAAUUUGUCGGAUUCUCUGGAGAUCGUCAAUUCGGUUUAGAACAACUUAGAAUGGGUGCAGGAAUGAAAGAUUCAUUACGUGGUCCGUUAUGUGCUCUAUUAUUAUUAGCAUAUGAUUUAUAUGCUACUCAUAUGUUAGGUGACAGUGUUGUCAGUGUAUCUUCUGAACAACCAGAACAUAUGAAAGAAGCUCGUGAAUUAUUAGACCAUUGGUCUGUUGUAUAUCCAAAUAGUGCUAUAUUCUUAUUAUUAUCUGGUCGUUUAGAAGAAAUAUCUGGAAAUUUACAUCAAGCUAUCACAUUAUUUCAACGUUCAAUAAAUUCACAAUCUGAUUGGAUACAUUAUCAUCAUCUAUGUUAUUGGGAAUUAAUAUGGUGUUAUGCAUUACAAGCAGAUUGGCAAAAAGCAAUUUUGUACACAGAGAAAUUAGCAUUAGAAAGUCGAUGGAGUCAAGCAUCUUAUAGAUAUAUGAAAGCAGCUUUCCUUUUACAAAGUAUAGAAGAUCGUACUGCAUAUGAAAUGAAAAAUCAUGAUGGUGUAAUUGAAAAACCACAAGAAGUGGUUGAUCAAUUAUUAACAGAUAUACCGCAUAUGAUCAAACGUUUCGGUGGUCGAUCAUUACCAAUUGAGAAAAUUGCAUUGAGAAAGUCUUCACGAUAUUUUGCACAAAAUAAAAGACUAACUCUUCCAGCUUUGGAACUUAUAUUCAUUUGGAAUGGAUUCAAAAUGAUUCAGUCACAACCAGAUGCUAUAACAGCAUUUAUUAUGAUAUGUGAGAAUAAAAUUAAUGAAUUAUUUCAAAAUAGAGAUACAAGUGAAACAUUUUAUGAUGAUUAUUGUUUAGCUUUAAUGCUUAAAGGAGUUUGUCUUAGAUGUCGUGGUCAAGCAUUUCAAGCUUAUAUGUGUUUCACUGAAAUAAUACAAUCUAAACGAAAAUUAAAAAUGGAUACUUAUCUUUUACCAUAUUGUGAAAUGGAAUUAUGUCAUUUAUCAUAUGAAGAGGGAGAAAUUGAUGAAGCAGUGAAACAUUUAGAAAAAGCAUUAAGUUAUAAAAAUUAUCAUUUAGAAUCAAGAUUACACUUUCGUAUUCAUGAAAUGGAUACACGACUUAAAGAGAAUAAACGUAAACUAUCAACUGUCACAAUAAAUCAAGAACAACAAUCUCCAAUUAUGAAAAAAGCUGGCAGUGAAUACUUUCUUACAUCACCAAGUAUCUUUUCCAAUAAUAGUAAUAAUAAUAGUGAUAAUAAAUCAAUAUCAUCGUUUAAAUCAGUUGAUAUUCCUGCAAAUUAUUCACCAUUAACAUCAACAUCAGAAUCGUUAACAGUGCCGUCAUCAUCAUCAUCAUCAACAAUAACAACAACAACCAAAGUGAAAGGUGCUUUGUCGGCAAGAAAUUUAUCGCACUCAAAAAAUAGUAGUGUUGAAACAUUGUCUUUAUCAUCCGAUGCUAGACGUUUAUUCGAUGAAGAUGAUUUAG